GCAGUACAGCGCUCUGACAGCACAGGCCGUCGAACAAUGGGCCCUGACUCGCGUCUAACUGUGAGUGUUGAACUGGUCGUCAGCUGAUCUGUACACGAUCGUUGGGCGAGUGGGAGAGUUCCAUGUUCUCCGUGCACUCCUGCUAAUACCACGGCAACUCCUUAGUGGAUAUGUGCUGCUCCUAGGAAAAGCGCGGGAAACUGUCGUCUGCUUUAUUCCCCGUUUCAAGAGUUCUCGAGUUUCAUCGUCUGCUGACGAACUGCCGGCUGUUUUCGUCAGUAGAGAUCGUCUCCCGGCCGAUCAACACAUGGAUACAGAACCUCUUUAAGAUGUAAGAGGACCAUUUGGAAUUUUAUUAUAAACUGUCAUCGCCAAGAAAAAAUGGAUUCAAUGGAUUGGAUACGAUGCUUUUUGUGCGUGAUUUUUAUUUCAGCUGUUGAUGGAUAUAUCCGAAACCAAGAUAAUGCCUGGCAGAGUGGAGUGCGUCGACCUACCCGUGACCUUGGAGACAAUGAAGUGCCAGACAAAGAUGAAGACUCUAUCAGGAUGACAGAGAUUUGUGCCAAUGGGGGAAAUAAAAUGAAAUGUUCCAUAAACGAGACCCUGGAAAUCGGAAGUAUAGUGUGUGGGGGUGGGAGCCACGCGUGCUCCCCCGGCACCAAUGAAACUAUAUUCUCAGUGUGUCACGGACAAAGGACAUGUGCCACACUCGGGUUGAGGACAAUGAUGGACUCUUACUGUGGAUACCUCUUUGACAUCACGAGACAGAUCCACGUGACUUACAGGUGUGUCACAGCAGCAAAGAUCAGCCACCCGUGCAAAUCCAACAUCUGCCACCCCGAUAACAAGGGUCUACAGUGCCACAAUGGCGGAGUGAUACAUAUUGUCGGAGCACGCUGUCUCAACGGUGUGUCGCCGUGUUCCUGGCCGACCUACGUGUCCCUGUAUACGCUCUGUGAAAGCCAGGAUGCAUGCGCAGCUUCUGGUUUGAAGAUGAUGAUGCCAAAAUAUUGCAACCAUCACGACAAGUCAAAGAGAAACGUCCAUGUGGAUUAUAUCUGCUUACCCAGACACAGGAUAGAAAAUUCGUGCGACCGGAACUACAAGGAACUGACCAGUCGUUUUGGAGUGAUGAUGAACCCUGGGUACAUCAGUACCACAGAUUCCGGGAUGCCAUCCAGACAAUGUUAUUGGCUGAUAAGGCAACAUACGGGUACUACGGUCAUGGUCACUGUUCAUCUCGCAUACAGAAAAGCAGGAAUGCCGAACUGUAACACCCAGUUUCUGCAGGUCCGCUAUACAGAAUGCCGAACUAAGAGCUCCCGCAUCAGAUCCUUCUGUGACUUGAAGAAGGUCAAUCAGAAGAUAGAAUCCUGCGGCGAUGUAUACAUCACUAGUUUCCUGCCUCCUGCCAUUGAAGACCUCUCCGACAGGUUCUUGGUCUCCUAUACAGUCGUGAAUAACACGAAGGCUCUAAGUUACAUCCCCCUUGAAGAGGUCACGACUUGUGGGGCGGACUUACCGGUUAUGACGUCAUCGACGAUGUCCACGCAUGGGCCGCACGUAUCUGGCAGGAACUAUGGUCCCAAAGACUCGCUAUUUGAUUACGGAGAUGGCCAGUCCAAACAUGACACUGGAGUGUCCGAAGAGUCCGAACUGUCCGGAAUCCCACUCAGAAUCAAGCUUGUGAUCUUGUACGUGUUUUUCGGCAUUGUCAUUCUCGCUCUGCUCAUCGCUCUGGUGUUCGUCAUUAUCAGUUAUCGUGGAAUAGCCCAGAAAGGUCAAUACAAGGUUGAGUCGAGCGAAAAGAUAGCCUUGUGGAAAAAUGAUGACACGACACAAAUUGAAGGUGUUCGACAUAACAGUAUCGCCGAGAACUCGAACCCCUCGGAGGUGACGGAAAUCCACACUCCUGGAUCUCAAACUGACGAGGGCAAACACACCGUCGCAACCGUCCACAACCUGUCCCCCACGGACGGCCAGAAGCGGGCCAGUCACCUCACCGGACGUUUCUCCAGCUUCAGGGAUUCCAAAGAUGACGAGUUCAACGACGGGUACAACCAAUACGCCUCUUACACAAGUCUUACAAGCGACGACGUACCCAUCCGCUCGAACAGAGCCUCCAACGAGAAGGCGAAGAAGGGGAGCGGAAGCGCACCGGAGGAACAACCACUAGUUUUACAGAACGGGACUCUGUCUGUUCCCAAUGGCGUGGAACAUUAUACCAUUAAUGACGAUGAUUAUGCAAUUGUGCGGAAACCUAAGAAACCUGCCAAUAACGUUAAAGAAACGAAUGUGGAUGAUAUUGAUCCUACAUAUGACAAUCUUUUCGACGAAGAAGUCGUAGGAUUUAAACCGACGUCAGGGCCUUAUGAUAAGAAUCGCGAUUCAGGGAUGGAGUUUAAUAUUCGUUUUUCUGCCCUAAAUGGAUGGAGUGACGAUUUGUGAGACCGCUUGUGAGAUUCGUGUGGAUUACAAUUAUGACGACGGACAGGACCGAAAGGAUCUGCCAAGCCCAGGUUCUGUUUAACGUUGUGAAGACAAGAUGGUGGUCUGUUUGCAUAUAUACAAUAAUGGCAUAAUGUGAGGUUGUGUGAGAUGGAAUGUUGCAUGCUACGCAUUGCACCGUGUGCCUCAUCUGAAUAACUAGUCAACUCUAAGUACCCGAUAAAGUCCACGUAUACGAUACUGUGACACAUUGUUAGUGCGGACACCGUUAAUGAGAAAAAUCAACCUACCGGACGAUCUGUUUAGGAUGCAUUUAUACACACAAAGGAACUCACUCCAUACCCAUGACUACUUAAACAGGAAUUAACGUAAUCCGGACAAUUUCCUUGGAACGGUUUACGUACGGAUUAACGAGGUUUCACUUUAUUAGAAUUACAUUGGAGUUUUGCUUUAGAACAUGUUUCGAUGUGAUAUCCACAUUGAAAUGCAGAGAUUAACCCAGAAAUCGGUGUUUAUACGUAUCCCUUCCGCACUUGGUAAGUAGAUUACACGCACGUCAGGCCAAAAAAGGCCUGAAAUCGCCCUCGUGCAACUGGCUUGAACAGCCCGAAACUUCUCGAACGAUGAAGCCUGUCAUGUUUGUAAACAACCACGGGUAGUAACUCUAAAUUUAACCCACUCGCUGCCGCUAUUCAUUUACACUUACUACAGUGUCUACUCUCCCUAAGUAUUUACAAUUAACAAACUUCACUGCGAAAAUAAGUGUAUGAAUCCUCAAUUUUAUGAACAUAACUUUAAAACACACAAGUGAACUCGAAGGAUAGCCACAAUGUAAAUGUUCAGUAAUUAUGAUACUGAACAGACCCCGGUCUACGGGGAUUUUAAACCGUUCGCUUUGGUCCAAAUGCAUUUAUGUGUCAGUCUCAAAAUUGCGGACUCAGCCUGAACAAACAAUACUAUGAAGUCUAGGCCGGAAAUAUUAUAAAAACGGUUUGUUAACACUAUCGUGAAUAGAAGCAAUACCGCAGAUGGGAGACACGCCGUUUCUGAAAAAAUACUAUAGCAUGUGUCCACAUUAUUUGUCCUUUGAGCUACACGAUUCCUGCAGGGCAUGGUUAACAGUUUUCAGUGUUUUUCAUUUUUAGUAUGUGUGGUGCUACUAUCUCAAACGAGUAUCAAACUCUGGCGAGGCGAUACCCUGUAAAAAGUAUUAUGUACGAUAGGGUAUUAUUCAUACGGAAUCUCAAAUAGAUCAUAAUACCGCCUUGCAGAAUAUUUGACACUGGUGGUUGAUUGUAAUUGUCGUUGUUCGAUAUAUUAUACGUGCAUACGAUAUAUUAUACGUAAGUUUCUGCAAAACAUGCAAUGUUUUUUUAGUAUAAAGCCACAUAAAAAUGCUUGUGUCUUGUGGAUUUUUAUGAAGAAAAAAGGUAG